AUGAAGCUAAGUGUCAGUAACAGCAAGGCAUUCUCAAUCCAACAACAAUGCAUUGAAGACCACUUCUCUGCUUUGCUCCACUUGAAACAGGGCUUUAACUUCUCUGGUGAGUACUCCAAGACUAGACUCACUUCUUGGAAUCCUGGUAACAGGGAUUGCUGUUCUUGGGAAGGCAUCACGUGCCAUGGUGCCACUGGUCACGUGACCAGUCUCGACCUCAGCGAGCUCCGUAUUUUCGGUCGGAUUGAUUUUGUAAGCCUCUUUCGUCUUCAGAGCCUGCAGAGGCUCAACUUCGCUUACAAUAACUUCGAUGGCUCUCCAAUUCCUUCUGGGUUUGAACAUCUCACCAGUUUGACCCAUCUCAACCUCUCUCAUUUGAAAUUUUAUGGCCAAAUCCCACUGGAAAUCUCCCGCUUGACCACUUUGGUGUCUCUCGAUCUAUCUUACAAUUCCCUUCAACUCAAAAACCCAAGCAUCAGAGCAUUCGUCCAAAAUCUGUCCAGUCUGAGAGAACUCCAUCUCAGUUGGGCAAACAUCUCAGUUCAGGGUAGCGAGUGGGGCUUGGCCUUAUCCUCGGCACUCCCUCUUCUCCAAAAGUUGAGCUUGAAAGGCUGUCAUCUUUCAGGCCCCAUCCAUCCUUCCCUUUCCAAGCUCCAUUUCCUAUCUGAACUCUACCUCCGUCUAAACAAUCUGUCUUCAGCCAUACCCAAGAGUAUUUUCAGCCUGCCAAACCUACAAACCCUGGAUGUAUCUUACAAUCCUCUCCUCACAGCUGGCGAAAUCCCUCCAAACAAUACUAUCAGGCAGCUGUACCUAUCCGCCACUGGAUUUUGUAGCAAUCUACAAGAUUCGUACGGUAAUUUCACACUGCUGACCAAGUUAGUACUCAGUUCUUGCUAUCCAGGAAGCCCAUUUCCAUCCUCUCUUGGCAACCUCAGCAACCUCAUUUAUUUGGAUCUUUCAUCCAGUGGUUUCAGCGGACUAUUGCCAUCCUCUCUUGGCAACCUCAGCAACCUCGCUCAUUUGGAUCUUUCAUCCAAUGGCUUAAGCGGACCAUUGCCAUCCUCUCUUGCCAACCUUAGCAACCUUGUUCAUUUGGAUCUUUCAACCAAUGGUUUCAGCGGUCGAAUCCCAUCAUCAUUGUUUUCACUCCCAUCAUUACGGGUGCUUCAUCUCCAAAAAAACCAAUUUAGUGGUGAGCUUGGGGAGUUCCAAAACACAUCCUCUUCACUACUUGAGAACAUCUACUUGUAUGAAAACAAGUUGGAGGGGCCCAUUCCAAGGUCGAUCUUUCAACUCACAACGGUCAUAGAGCUCAGACUUGACUCCAAUAGUUUCAACGGCACAAUCCCUUCUUUGUAUGGAAAUGCACUUCAUAAUUGUACGGAGAUCAACUUUUCCAACAAUUCACUCAGUGGGACCAUCCCAUCAUCAUUGUUUUCACUCCCAUCAUUACAAGAGGUGCAUAUGGAAGAAAAUCAAUUUAGUGGUCAACUUGACCAGUUCCAGUACACAUCCUCUUCAGUGCUACAGAUCAUUGUUUUGUCCAACAAUUCACUCAAUGGGACCAUUCCAUCGUCAUUGUUUUCACUCCCAUCAUUACAACUGUUGUAUCUCCAAGAAAACCAAUUUAGUGGUCAACUUGGUGAGUUCCACAACCCAUCCUCUUCUCUGAUAAACGCAAUCGGCUUGGAUAACAACAAGUUGGAGGGGCCUAUUCCGAUGUCCAUCUUUGAACUCACAAAGCUUGAAUACCUCUCUCUUUCAUCAAACAAUUUCAGUGGUGAUGUGGACCUUGGCUUAUUCCAAAACCUUGAGAACCUCUGGCUCUUAGAUCUUUCAGAUAACAACUUCUCAGUCCAUGAUGGCAGAAGCAAUUCAACCUCCAUUGGAGAAGUUCCCUCACUUAUUUGCAAUUGCACUUCCUUACAAGUCCUCAAUUUGUCUCACAACCGCUUCAGUGGUUUUAUUCCACCAUGUUUGGGUCAAAUCAGUGAUGCCCUCAUUGUGUUGAAUCUUGGAGGAAAUGCAUUUCAUGGCCCGUUGCUUCAAACAUUCAAAGAGGAGUGCACUCUAAAGACACUUGAUCUCAAUGGAAAUCAAUUGAAAGGACAGGUGCCAAGUUCUUUGGCUCGGUGCAAGAAGCUAGAGGUGUUAAACCUUGGAAACAAUCAAAUACAUGACACCUUUCCUUUCUGGAUAGAAAAUUUGUCCCAUUUGCACAUUCUCAUCUUGACAUCCAACAGAUUUCAUGGCACCAUUGGGCACCCCCAAGCAAAUCAUACAUUUCCACUCUUACAAAUCUUCGAUCUUUCAUACAAUGGCUUCACAGGUAACUUGCCAUCUAAUUUGUUUAGGAGCUGGAACGCAAUGAUGGAAACCAAAUCUCAAUCUCAAGUUCUUAGCAAAACUGCUGGCAAGAGAUACUAUCAAGAUAAAGUGAUUAUAACGAGUAAAGGGCUAAAAAUGGAACUUGUAAAGAUCCUUACUGCUUUCACGGUAGUGGAUCUCUCAAAUAACCAAUUUCAUGGGGACAUUCCAGAAUCGGUUGGGAAUUUAAAGUCUUUGGUUGUGCUUAAUAUGUCCUAUAACCAUUUCACAAGCAGAAUUCCAGCAUCACUCGGAAACAUUAAAGCUCUUGAGUCAUUAGAUCUGUCACAUAAUAAUGUGUCAGGAGAGAUUCCUUGGCAGCUGACAAAGCUAAACUUCCUUGCCGUGUUGGACCUUUCGGAAAACUUCCUCAUUGGAAGCAUACCGCAAGGUCCACAAUUCAAUACAUUCACAAAUAAAUCUUUUCUAGGGAACUCGGGAUUAUGUGGCACUCCACUGUCAAAGAAAUGUGAACACGUUGAGGCUUCACCACCAUUGGCACAAUCGGAAAGCAAAUAUGACUGGAAAUCCAUGUGGAUUGGCUUUGGAGUUGGAUAUGGAGUGGGAAUGGGAAUUCUUUUUUGGACUCUAGCACUUUGGACAAAGGGAAUGAAAGAAUUCACUAUAUUUGUUGAUAGAGUGCUUGUGCUGAUUUUUCCAUGUGAGGCAUUUAUUCUAAUGCAUCCAUACUAA